UAUACAACCAUACAUACAAAAUAUAAUGGUGAGAGAAGAUCAAAAUGAUUUGUUUUUGAAUGAUCCAAAUCAAAUAAAGCAAUGCGUACAAGAUAUAUCCGACUGUAAGGAAAUUUUGAAGUAUGCCGAACUUGGAGCGAUGGUUUUUUAUAUUUUGCCUUGUUUAAAUAAUAACGAUGCUUUAGAAUAUAUUUCUCAAAAUAAAUUCAACCGUAAUUGUUUUCCACUCUGGAAUGAAAUUUGUUUACAUUUCUUGAAUAAUGUGAAUAUUAUCCACUAUGUUUUUUUGUUUGACAUCGAGGAAGCCUGCUUCCGCAGCUCAGGAUAUGUUACUUGGAAUGGAUCUUUAGAUGGUAUACGUUUACAUGAAAUUAUUAGGGUUAACUUUCUCUUUGAUCAUUUUGUUUUUCAAUUAAAGUCUGAACACAGAUAUACGCCAAAUAUUAUAAAUUAUGUUAACUUUGGAGAAAUACAUUUCAAGUUUGGUUUAGACAUGAUGAACUUCAUGGAAAUGUUUGCAAAAAUGUUAAUUAAUGACUAAUAAAAAUGUUCAAACAAAGGAGAAAUGUCUCAUACACAAAUUCUUCGAACAGUUAAAACUUUAUAUUUUUAAUAUUAAGGUUUUGCUAAUUUACAACUUUUUUAGAAUAAA